AUGGCCAACGGGAAACCGGAGAUGAAUGACGUCUCCUCCGGCCAACCCCACGUACCUAUUCCGGCUUUUGAUCCUCCUCGGAAACCCAAAAGAAACAAGUAUGCUUUGGCUUGUUCGUUCUUGGCUUCAAUGACCUCCAUCUUACUUGGUUACGAUAUUGGAGUGAUGAGUGGAGCAAUUAUUUACAUCAAGAAAGACCUCCAGAUAACCGACGUCCAAAAGGAGGUCAUAAUGGGCAUACUUAACGUCUAUUCACUUCUUGGCUCAGCUGCCGCCGGCCGUACCUCAGAUUGGAUUGGCCGCCGGUAUACCAUAGUAUUCGCCGGCGCAAUUUUCUUCGUCGGAGCUCUCUUGAUGGGUUUCGCCACCAACUAUGCUUUCCUAAUGGUAGGUAGGUUCGUGGCCGGCAUAGGAGUUGGAUAUGCCCUUAUGAUUGCUCCGGUGUACACCGCCGAGGUUGCUCCGGCAUCCUCCCGUGGCUUCCUCUCUUCUUUCCCGGAAGUUUUCAUCAAUUUUGGUAUAUUACUUGGAUAUGUAUCGAAUUAUGCAUUUUCAAAGCUUCCAACUCACUUGAGCUGGCGAUUCAUGCUCGGAAUUGGUGCAAUCCCGUCGAUAUUCUUAGCCAUAGGUGUUUUAGCGAUGCCCGAGUCCCCACGUUGGCUCGUCAUGCAAGGUCGACUCGGCGAUGCAAAAGUAGUUUUGGACAAAACCUCUGACUCACUUGAGGAAUCAAAAUUAAGAUUGGCUGAUAUCAAAGAAGCUGCUGGAAUUCCUGAAGAGUGUAAUGACGAUGUUGUGAGUGUCACCAAAAAAAACCAUGGCGAGGGGGUUUGGCGGGAUCUAAUCCUCCACCCAACACCAGCAGUUCGCCACGUUUUGAUUUGCGCUGUUGGGAUCCACUUCUUUCAGCAAUCGAGUGGCAUAGACUCCGUUGUUCUGUACAGUCCAGAGAUAUUUGAAAAGGCAGGAAUAAGUAAUGACACGGAUAAACUACUCGCUACAAUGGCAGUUGGAUUCACCAAAACAAUAUUUAUUCUAGUGGCUACAUUUUUGUUAGACAAGAUCGGACGGCGGCCGUUGCUCCUAUCUAGUGUCGCUGGGAUGAUUUUAUCUUUAGUGGGCCUGGCAAUUGGGCUGACCCUUAUUACUCAUUCUGACCACAAACUUGUUUGGGCCGUAGCUUUGAGUAUUGCCUCAAUUUUGUCUUAUGUGGCCUUUUUUUCAAUUGGGAUGGGCCCAAUCACAUGGGUCUACAGUUCCGAAAUAUUUCCAUUGAGGCUGAGGGCCCAAGGGUGCAGUAUGGCCGUCGCAGCGAAUAGGGUCACUAGCGGUGUGAUUUCAAUGACAUUUAUAUCCUUAUACAAGGCCAUAUCCAUUGGUGGGGCAUUCUUUUUGUAUGCCGGGAUUGCUGCGGUUGCUUGGGUAUUUUUCUACACUUUAUACCCCGAGACUCAAGGAAAAACACUCGAGGAAAUGGAGGCAUCGUUUGGCACUUUCUUCAAGUGGAGAUCUACGUUGAGAGAAUUGAAGAAGAAAAAGGUCGAGAAUGGUGGUACCAAAGGCCAAGUCCAAAUGGGGACUACUCGUUAG